UCUUUCUGCAGUUGUUUAGAUAUGACUUUUAUUUGUGUGAAAAGUUUUUCACAAUUGUGUUCAUAAAGAUUUCCAGGAUUUGUCUCGACCAGGGAGACUCUUAAAUCAGGAAUUCUUAAUCUAAAAUAAACAGACCCCUAAUGAUUUUAUAAAUAAAUUUCAAAAGAUCCAUGAACUUAAGUGGGGAAAAAUAUAUCUGCAUUUUCACAAAAACUCAGCAUAUUCUAAAAAGAAAAAAAUUUAGACAUUCUAAAAAGGAUUCCUUAAGUUUUACCAAAUUUCUUAAGAGAACCAUAACACACACAAAAAAAUUAAGAAUCCUUGGUUGAAAAAAAAAGAGAUAUUCCAAGACUGCAAUCACAUGAGGUGUUUUCUUUUGUUGUUUAAAGGGUCACUGGAAUCAGUUGUUUUCCAUACUUUAUUUAAUAUAUUAUAUUUUCAAGGAAAUCUUUCAGUGGACAAAUGGGGAGAAAACUCAGGACAUAUCCCGAAGUUUCACCUUUGGUCCAGAUCCCUCAAAAGGUCCCUUCUCACAAUACCCAAUCAGUGCAAAUAUCAUGUCCACCACAUCGGAUUGCACUGUUAUCCAAAAAAGACCACUGGUCCGAGACGGAGAAGAUGACCUGUCUCAGACAUCGAUCCUUACCACACAAAGCCUCCCUUGUUUGCCAUAAGACUGAGCCCCUAAACAACCAUGAUGACAAGACCAAGGACACUUAUAAGCUGCCACCACCACACCCUGACUACCAUAGAGUUUACAUUAGCCCAGACCUGAGCUGUAAGACCACAGCUUCUGUAGACCUGUUCCAGUGGGGAGAUGCAUUAAUGACAUCCAGUGAAAAGUCCUCCUCAAUUGUUCUGCCAAGAGGUCAGAUGGCCAAGGCCAAACAUAGUCCUUAUCACAAGGCUAAACAUACAUUGGAUUCUAAGACGCAGACCAAAUCCAUAUUCCCUUCCCAGGACCACACUAAAAAUCAAGCCACUUCUCUUCCCUCCAUUAACCAACCUGGCAGGGCUCCAUCACGCUGUCAAUCCCCAACUAAGUAUCUAUUGAUAAAUACCUACCCUGGCCCAGAUAGCCACACUAAAUCUACUAUGCCAACCUACGAGUACCUCUCAGAGGCUCCACCAAUUCCUGACGCCCAAGAGAUUACUCCCCCUAACAUAAGCUACCAAACCCAAAUGCCACUGGAAAAGGAAGAAUAUGGCAUACUCCCCAAACUUCUGAGCACUCAGGCCAAAGAUCCAAUAAGCCAGUACUACCAAAAGGUAACUCCUCCUGGUCCCAUACAACAGACUGAGACUCUGACAAGUGAUUACAAACAGGUUGAGGAUGCACCCAGCUCCAAACAACCAGAGACUCAACCUGGGAGCCAACACCAGAUCCAGACUGAGCAGAAUAGAGAUGUUCUCAAGUAUUUAAAAGACAUCAAGCCUUAUACCCUCGAAGGGGGAAUAACUCUUACCACUCAAGUUGUUGAUAAAAUCAUCAGCUCCAUCCCUGAGGAGAAAAUAAAGAGAGAUAUCUGUAAUCAGAUUCGCUUGUGGCAAAUGAGGGGAUGCCCCAGGUCUACGCAAUGGCCUGAACAACAUAUGUCUGCUAGUUAUACAAUCUGUUUAAUUUGUGCUUCAUGGGUUCCAAAUGGUUGUCCCCAUGUUGAUGGAAUGAAAAGUCCUUCUCUGGCACAAUUGCUGGCCAUACCAACAUCUCUACCUAAUUCAGAGGAGAAGAAAGUGAGAUUUUACCUUAAAGUGUCCCAGCAAAAACCAAAUCCCAUUUCUACUGUUACAGAUUCCCUUUCCACUAAAACUGUGCCUUCAAGCCCUUCCUCAACCUUUCCAUCAUGCCCCAAAUCAGAUCCUGAGCACCUGGUGCUUCCAAAAGUCACCUGGCUGGACUUCAUACUUGCAAGACGUCACCAUCUCAAAGAAAGAAAACCACGUUCUUCCCAAAAGCCAUUUGAAUUACCCUUGACAAGCAAGAUAAAUGUAGAAGAAAUGCCAGUGAGACCAAGGAUACAAUUCAAGUCUCUCUUAGAGAAAUUUCAAAGUAGAAGUAAAAGCUAAAUUAAAAUGUUUAUUUUUUGU